UCGCCUGUCUGGCUUCUCUUAAAGGGGAAGUGUCGCCGACUGCUGGUGUCGAAGGGUAGAACAUCAUCCUCCAGCAAUGGUUCCUAAACUUCUGGGCACGGAUAGACCCGUGGCACCGACACCGACUGGCAGCGGCGCGGGCUGACGGCUCUCUUGUCAGACUGACAUUGUGGGCUGAAAGAGCGAGAUGCAGGAGGAGGUGGGCAGCAGCUCCGUGCUCCAGGUGUGCUUCCCCAGCACUCAGGCUUCAGUGCUGGACAGCCUCAACCAGCAGCGGGAGGACGGUCAGCUCUGUGACCUGGCCAUCCACGUCCAAGGUCACGUGUUCAAGGCUCACCGCUGCGUCCUGGCCGCCUCUUCGCCCUACUUCCAUGACCAGGUCCUACUGAAGAACAUGUCCACCGUCUCCAUCCCGGCAGUGAUGGACCCGCUAGCGUUUGAGAGCGUGCUCAGCUGCGCCUACACCGGUCAGCUCCGGAUGCUGCGCGACGACAUCGUCAACUACCUGACGGUGGGAAGCGUCCUUCAGAUGUGGCACAUCGUGGAUAAAUGCACCGAGCUGCUCAAGGAGGGUAGGGCUGCAGGGGGCGGGGCAAGUGGUGGCUCCCAAGCCUCUGGAGGCGGAGUCUCUGACAGCGUUGCGAGCGGCAGAGGUGACAGCCUCUGUCACGAUCAAGCUGGACCGGCAGUGUCGCAGGAGACAUCACACGUCUCCCAGCAUCCGAGCCAUCCGUCAGUGAGCGAGAGCCAAUCCCCCAGCAGCACCAAUUACUUCAGCCCCAGGGAUGGCGGCGGCGGUGGUGGCGGCGCCGUUGUUGCGGCCGGAACGCCAGUGGAAGGAGGUGCGACAAGCAACACUCCCAGCUACUGCACUCCAAGUGGAGAGGAGGCCUUCAUGAUAGAAGAUGAUGAAGAAGAUGAGGUCUACCACCAAAAGAAGAGAGGAGGAGGUGGCGGAAAGAGGAAGAAAAUCAGCCCAGCUUCGGAGGAGGAAGUCAGUGACAGUUUUGGCGUUUCCUCCUAUCAGGACGGCGAGGACUCGUCUGCGUCGCCGCUGCAGAAACGCCCCGCCUACAUCCAGCCCAGCAUCAUGCCCCGCAAGCAGUGGGUUGUGGUCAAGACGGAGCAGGUGGAGGAGGACGAUGAUCUUAUCGUGGUGUCGGGGGAGGAGGAGGAGGAAGAUGAGGAUGAGAGGGGAGUGGCGUCGGGCCGGGAGAGGGAUGAAGGAGGGGACUUUGGCAUCUCACACGUUCGGACUCUGUGUGCCGAGUCGGGAGGCCGAGCCGAGAGCGAAAUGGACGCACAGAUGGACUACUGCCAGUCUUCAGAGGACUUCCUGAAGUUUGAAGGCAGUUUAUUGGACCCUACUUUAGCUCAGCACCUUCACGACAACAACUCUGCAGCUCAGAACCAGAACACAAACCGGGCCGUUUCCGCGCUACUAGGCCAGGUCCCGGUUGCGGCCACAGCCCGUGCACAGCUCUUCCCUCUGGACAUGCAAGGGAACCAGGUCCUGGUGUACGGACAGACGUCUGGACUCUCGGUGGAUGCCGCUCCACCUCCUCUGGGCGUGGCGGGUGGAAUGAUGGUCGGCAGCUCCUACAAAGGCCCCGGUGUGGAGCACGGCCCCGCCCACCCGUCAGUACAGGGCAGCUUGGCGAGCGAGGGCGCAGACGGCAGCGGCGGAGCGAGUUUGGGGAAGGUGUUCAUGUGUCACUGCGGCAAGACGUUCACUCACAAGAGCAUGAGGGACCGGCACAUCAACAUGCACCUCGACCUGCGACCUUUCCACUGCCCCGUGUGCCCCAAGAAGUUCAAGAUGAAGCAUCACCUGACCGAGCACAUGAAGACGCACACCGGCGUCAAACCGUACGACUGCGCCGGCUGUGGCAGGAAGUUCAUGUGGCGCGACAGCUUCAUGAGGCAUCGCUCGCACUGUGAACGCCGCAGCGGGACGAGCCAGGGGAGUGAAGGCGGGCCAAGAGGAGGUGGAGGUGGAGAGGAUGUUUCGGAUCUCAUUCCCGCCAAUCACCUCCUCCUCCCACCAGGCGAGGGGGGUCUGGGAGGAGGGGGCAGAGGGGGUGGGUCCUCUCCACGCCUGCAUCAAGCUGCCGUCUCCGCCUCAGGAAGCGGUGUGGCCGCGGUGUCUCCGGGGCAGGGGUCAGGGAUGUUUGGCAGUCUGGCUUUGAACCACAACGUGUGCGGCGACCGCGUGUGUGAAGUUGGCACCAAUGACAGCGUCACUUAACCCAGACUUGACUGAACCCAGACUUGGCGUCUCAUGUGAUCACCCUCAUGAAAACGGACCUUUAUGCAGCAUGUUGGACCGCUGGGAAGCUAGGAAACCAUUGUACACAAUAAUAAAAAACAUGGCUGACCAACGUGAUGCGUACACAACCAUCAACAAUAUGGCCCAGCAGGCUCAACAAUUAACAGAAUAUUUUACAGAAUAGCCACUUGUUGCUAGGUAGACUUCAUAGGGCUCAAUGAUACCUGCCCCACUUGUCCCAUACAAGCCACAACAUUAACACUGUAGGGAAUAUGAGACAGUGUAGUUGUACCAAUUACAGUCGUCCCUCAUUUAUCGCGUUAAUUGGUUCCAGACCCAAGUGUGAUAAGUGAAUUUCUUGGCCACUGCAAUGACAUCAGCUUCCCUUUGGGCUCCUCUUGCUCCCGCUGGUGGACAGAGGCAGCAUUGCAGUGCCCCGGCAGCAAUAUCCAUAGAAAUGGUGUUUUACAUUUUAAACUGGUAUUGGUGCUUGCCUUGUAUAUUCCUUAACUUUUGUUGCCAUGUGAUGAUUUUAGCAUUCUUUGAAAGAUUGUCGUGAGUUUACUUAUAGCUUGAGGGUAUUCUCCUGCCAGACAAAGAGCUACCGUUUCCUCACAGUGUUUAAACAACUAGUAGUAAUUCUGAAGGAAAGGAGAUAUAACGUGAUUAUAGCAUAGCCACAAAACUACAUAUACUGUAACUUGUCUUUCAGUAUUUUCUUACAUAGUAUUUUAGUAUAUGUAGUAUUUUUUACAUAAUGAUUUAUUAAUUUAAAAAAUGCGACAUAGUGAGGGACGACUAAUUGUUUUUUCAAUUGUUUUCAUUACCAGUGCCAUCUGCUGGAUUUGUUUGACUGAUCGCUUGUCAACUUCCCAGUGUUCUAGAUCGCAGCAUAAGCAAAGACACAGAAACAGCGGUGUCAUGCUCUGAUCCGGUAGUGAUGUCUUUUGGCUUUCCAGACCUCAUUUUUUGUUUGGAGUUGUUUUGACCAAGCGUCCCUGUUGAUUUGCCCUAAUCAAAUGUCAUGACAUUACUACCACAUCACUACUAUCAGGAGAACCAGAGUAUAGAGCGGCCCAGGAAGGUGCACUGUAUUCAGGCACACGUUCAGAGCAGCCGGUGUGUCGGCACAGAGGUCUCUGGCAAGCCUUUUGCACUUUUCAAAGGCUGCGGCAUUGGCGCUCGAUGUUGGGUUUCUUUCUCCCUCGUUAUGAAACAUUUGGUACGGCUAGCACGUGAAAUGUCUCUGAAACAGUGAAUGUUUGUUUACAGGUGAGCUCAGGGGACGUGACCGUCCAAAAAGGAUUGUUUGCUUUGCUCACCUGCGCAGUAUGAUAAUCUCACCUCAUUGGAGUAUUUUUUUUAAUGAUAGUUAUUGGAUUUAUCAGUAUGACAUCAUAAUUCCCUCAUAUCGGUCCGAUAAUUAUUGUGCACCCCUAAUUAGGGUCUGAGUACCUAGCAAUAGUGGUGUGAAAAAUGUAAUAUUUCAGGAGUCCCAAACACAAACUUGUGAGCAGCGCCUCACUUUAAGGUUCAAAAUAAUUAAUAAUAAAAAAAAUAAUAACAAAAAUAAUACAUAAUAAAGUCACCAGUUUUGUAAAUCGUCACAUAAACUGGUGGAGACAAUCAUGACAAGAUGCGCAAAAAAUUCUCAAGAAUGAUUUUGAGGUGAAAACCAGGGGUUGUAUUUUGAUGGACUAGUUCUUAUUAGGGCUUCACGGCGUCCGAGUGGUUAGCGCUCAGGCCACACAGCUAGGAGACCCGAGUUCAAUUCCACCCUCGGCCAUCUUUGUGUGGAGUUUGCAUGUUCUCCCCGUGCAUGCGUGGGUUUUCUCCGCGUACUCCGGCUUCCUCCCGCAUUCCAAAAACAUGCUAGGUUAAUUGGCCACUCCAAAUUGUCCAUAGGUAUGAAUGUGAGUGUGAAUGGUUGUUUGUCUAUAUGUGCCCUGUGAUUGGCUGGCCACCAGUCCAGGGUGGACCCCACCUCUUGCCUGAAGGCAGCUGGGAUAGGCUUCUGCACCCCCGUGACCCUCGUGAGGAAGCGUUAGAAUAUGAAUGAAUUAAUGAAUAGUUUUUAUUAUUAUUAUAGAUUAGCGUUAUGCUACGGGGUUGGGUUUGUUGAGAUGCUGCUAGCAUAGAAUGUAUUUCAAAUGGUUGUUUGGGCUCCUCGUCCUUGUUGACAGAAACACACACAUUCCAUCGGCACUUCCUGAAUCCAUGUCCAACUUGCAUAUCACACACUGGUGGGGUUUGUUUCUUCUCCUUGUUUUGGACAUUUUUUUUUCAAUUUCCAUUUCCAAUUUCCUCCGACAAUACUGAGUGAUUGUGGGACAAGAAUAAUGCGUCAUUUUGUUCUCUGCAGGAGAGGAAGAAAUGUGAACUUUUGACCUCUAAUAAAUGUCACAGAUGCGUCCGAACAAGACUUCUAACGACUACGUCACGGUAGCUGUUUUGUUCGUUUUUUAAUUUGUCGCUUAACUGCAUUUCUGACACAGUGUACUGUCGCUGCGUCACUAAUUUAAUUGUUCACCUAAAAAAAAGUCAUGAAUCAAUAAAUUAUUAUCCGCACAAGUCAUUGUCUUGUUUUGGA